GACACGCGACUAGGUCGCCGUGGACACGCGCUCCGGUACUCUCUCCAGCGUUUCUGAUGUUGUGCUUGUUCCGUUGUCCACCUCUAUAAUUGACCUCGCAGCGCUUCGUCCACGCCCACGACAAUCGUUUCAGGAAUCAAAAUGGGCUACACGCUGUGCGUGCUAGGAUGUGGGACCAUGGGUGUUGCCGUCCUCUCUGGCGUCCUCGCUAGUCUAGACUCCGCCUCAGAUCCAACAUACCCUGGACCGAAGUGGGAGUCGCAUACGCCAGGUACCCUGACACCGGCUCUUGCUGUCUCCGACCCAACUCUGCCAUCGAGAUUUCUUGCAUGUGUUAGCCGCGAAGAAAGCGCAAAGAGGCUGAGGGAAUUGUUCUUUUCGCUUGGUGGACCAGGGCCCGGCGUCGAAGUCUGUGUUGCGAACAAUGUCCAGGCCGUUCAGCAGUCAGAUGUCAUCUUGCUAUGCUGCAAGCCUCAGCUGGCGCACACCAUCCUCGGGGAGCCAGGUCUGAAAGAUGCUCUCGAAGGCAAGCUCCUCAUCAGCAUCCUGGCCGGGGUGACCAUCCUGCAGCUCACUGCGGCGGUUGGCCCUGAGACGAAGGUUAUUCGUGCGAUGCCCAACACUCCCUGCAAGAUCAGAGAGGGCAUGACUGUCAUCAGCAGUCUGCCACAGUCUGAAGGCGCAGAGUUCGACCGCAGAAUCAUUCUAAACAUAUUCUCCUCCAUCGGCCGUUGCCGCUUCCUCGAUGAAAAGCACUUCGAUGCAUGUACAGCGUUGUCAGGCUCGGGACCCGCUUUUGCCUGCAUUUUCCUGGAGGCUAUGGCAGAUGGUGGUGUCAUGAUGGGCCUUCCCCGAGCUGAGGCCCUGGAGCUUGCAGCACAAACUCUCCAGGGUGCGGCACGAAUGACUCUUCAGGGCAACACGCAUCCUGCACAGCUAAAAGAUGCAGUGACAACUCCUGGUGGAUGCACUAUUGCAGGUCUCCUUGCCCUGGAAGAUGGACGGGUCCGCUCAACGAUCGCGCGUGCCAUUCAAAUCGCCACUGAACGUGCCAGCGAGCUAGGACAACCAUCCAAAAACUGAACUAUGUAGUAUCAUCCCUGUAUGAUUCUGGGCGCAAUGUUGGAUAGAUAUUCAAGAAAGAUGUAUUAUAACAAUCUACCAAACAAAAUUCUGUCACCGUC